AUGUCUGUCCCAGGAGCGCGGCCGAGUGACCAAAGUUUCGGCACCCUAGCACCAUCACCGGCACCACCUCCAGCAUCACCACCAGCGCCGCCACCAUUGCCAUUCCCAGCACAAUCAGAGCCAGCAGCACCUCCAGAAGCAGCAGUGCCAGCACUGCCGACAGCAGCACAACAGGGAGGAGCUAAUAGAGCUUUUCAAAGAUAUAGAUUUUACCUCAACAAUUUCUAUGAAUACCAUCGGCGAGGGCUAACAUGGCGCUAUUUACAACGAGGCCAAGAGCCAUGGUUCCACCCCAAUAAGGCCUUGGUUAAUUUCGACCGGGUCGAACCUCCGGCUCCAGAAGACUGGUAUCAGGUCUAUAGCAACCCAUUCGGCACUCAUGAUCUUGAUCAGAUGCACGACAUGCAGGCCAGAAACGUGCAAAUGAUGCGAGCUGAUAAGAAUUCUGGACCUAGAGUUGCUUCAAGAGAGUCUGAGACGUGCACCGCACAUCUGUUUGAAAAUGAUGACUCGGACCCCGAUAUACUUCUCCAGGAGUAUAUGAAACGGGGUGAUUUAGAGGGACUGGUCGUGAAAGCGGUGGCUGCAGGCGAGAACAUCCCCAACAGCAUCCUAUGGAAGGCGUUCUUCUGUCUCGUACGAGCUUGUCUUGCCAUGGAGUACCCCCCUAGACGACAGGUACAGGAGGACGGAAGUGAGGUUUGGGCUCCCGAGACGGGCGAAGAUGGCGUCGAAAGAAUUCCCAUCAUCGAAUCGGAAAGAGUUGGUUAUGGCUUGGUCCAUUUCGACUUGGACCCGAAGAAUGUAUUGAUUGGUGACUUUGACGACAACCACUUGGCAGCGCCGGCUUACAAGGUUACUGACUUCGGUUGCGCUCGUGUCGUUAAGUCGCCUGAAUUCAACACUCGGGAAGCACAUUGGGCACAUCGAAGGGUGGGGAAACUGCCUUUUCUUAUGCCGGAACAAUUCCAUAAAGAAUGGGAGUACGUCGCCGAGCUUCCCCAAGACGAAAAUCCCAUCCCCAAGGUCGCAGGAAACUACGGGCCAGCUAGCAACAUCUGGGCCGUUGGCAUGAUCUUGUAUUGCAUGGUCACGAGGCGUGAACCCCCAUAUCCUCCAUUUGCUACUGGCCCCAUGAAUGGCCCAGACGGCUCUUUGAUGCCGGAUGGAAUUCCCGCCUUGCGUGAUAUUGAUGGAAAUGUGGUUGAAUCAUUCUAUACGCACGGAGGGUGGCUACGAGACCAGAUGAACAUCGAUAAUGAUCUCAAAGGGCUGCUCAUCCGAUGCUUAGCGGAUCAGCCUGCUCACCGCCCUACGUUGCAAGAAUUGAGCACAUACAUGGCGCGAGCCGAGAGAAUGCAAGGUUGGAAUGAUGACCCCGAUGACCGUGACUGGUUCGACCGGAUGGCUGGUGAGCCAGCAGACCCGAACGCCAUCAUUGAUCCCGCCCUUGCUCUGCCCGAUCGAAACCUAGGUCGCUUAUUGGGCACUCAAGCAGUGUCUAUGUGGAAUCUUCUGACAAGGCAGGCAGGGCUUGAUCUGGGUCAAGCGCAGCAAUACAUAUUAACAUUGAUGCCGGAUGUAGUCCUUCGGUUGGCAACAGCGGCUGGAGCUGGUCUGGAGGCCUUCCUGAGUGCCUGGGGGAGUGCGUCAUCACCAGCACCACUAUCAUACCCACAAGGGGUAGGAAACGAUCUCGCGGGAGGUCAGGUACCAGACAAUGUGGCGCAUCUAUUCACGGCACAGAUGGCGGAGAUAGUCAUGAAUUCGGCAGGAAUCGAAUCCGUUAAUCCAUCACCAGCGGCAGGCCGACAACGAGCGUCAAGCCGAAGAGCAGCAGACCCAUUGCCUCUGGCAAGACAGAUGAGAGUAUCAAAUACAGAUCAAGGGAACAAUCUUAUGUCGGGGGUGAAUCAAGGAUUGCUGAGGGGCGGAACAAGUUCCACCAAUCUUCGACCAGACACUUCGCGAGAUGUUAACAUGGGCUCUACCAUCUCGACGGGAGACAACUUUCCAAACAUCUUCUUGAGCGCUCAUGAUCCAACAAGUGGAGGCAAUUCUGGAGGCAACGGCAAAUCUGUAAGGCGAAUCGUUCUUCCCCUGCCUCUAGUUAAAGGAUCGAGGGUUUUCAACACAAUUAGCAUCCCGCCGUAUGCUCGUGGGGCUGAUCCGCCUCCUGCCCCGCCUGGAUAUCUUCAUGGUCGGACAUCGUCUGUGGAAGGAUACACCGUGCCUGAGGGGCUGUUUGCGCUCCGCGUCGAUCCUGUCGACCCGUCUGAAGGAGGCGUUCCCAACGUUUUCUAUCGAGAAAUUGCCCUUGGGAUAGCUACACCUCAAUCCAGUAAUGUCCUCAUCCAGGCCCAACGACCCAGCCAGGCCACAGGAGACGGGCGUGCCUCACGAGCCCCCCUGGUCAGAGCAGUCCGCAUACCACCAUACAGCCCUUUUGCGAGACCACCCUCGAGACCGGACGGAUACCAUUACGGCCGGAGGCUCUAUCUGUCACCCGCAGAACUCCAGAUUCUGGCAGAUAGAGGCAUCAGGGCCCCGCCGGGCCGUAUGGUCAUACGACUAGUCCACGUGGAGCCGAGCGAUGGCAACGUUGAGAGGCCGACUAUUUUCUAUCAGAUGGAGCCCUGGCCAUCUCAAGCGCCGCCGGCACCCACUCAAGAUGAUCCAGAGCCAAACAUUCUUUAUGCCACUCUUCCGAUUCCGACUGGCGAUGCGGACGCUAAUCCGUGA